GGCACCGUGCGCAGUUUGAGUCAUUCCGAGUAGCGACGUUUUAGAUGUCCGCCCAUGUCGCUCAUCUAAUCCUGGAGUCUUAGUAUAGCCAAAUAGAAAUCAUUUCAGUGGUGUAAUGCAAGACUUUGUAUGAUGAUAACUUUAACGGUCCCGUGUUUUGCUUUUGUUUGUUUUUUUGUCUUAGAGAGUUGGCGAAUAUUGCUGACAUCUCAUAAUUUUGCAUUGUUUGACUUUUAGGUGGGUCGGGCGGGUUUGUGUGAUUUCUUUCGCUGCCCAGUGAUAGCAGUGACUGGGAGGCUCAGGGUAGCUCACUGUUAAGACUCCAACGACAAUGGACACGCUGCGCUCUCAAAUUCUCGCUGCGACUGCACUUCUGCUUUUCGGAAUUAUUGCUAUUAUCCUACUCACUACACCUGUGGAGGAGAUAAAGGAGCCUCCUGAAUAUAUGUACGGGAUCGUGCUGGAUGCAGGCUCCAGCCACACGGCCAUGUACGUCUACAGAUGGCCGGCGGACAAACAGAAUGGCACAGGCGUGGUGACCCAGCACAGCGAGUGCCAUGUCAAAGGAGGAGGCAUCUCUUCAUAUGCCGGCCAGCAGGGGGCAGCAGGCCGCAGUCUGGAGCCGUGUCUGGAACAGGCCAUGAGGGACAUCCCACAGUCACGACAUCACCUUACGCCUGUGUACCUGGGAGCUACCGCUGGCAUGAGACUCCUAAACAUGUCCAGCCCUGAGAGGUCAAGCCAGGUGCUUGAGGAAGUGGCACGAACACUCCAAUCCUUCCCCUUCAGCUUCAGAGGAGCAACCAUUCUGGGUGGGAAGCAGGAGGGGGCAUAUGGCUGGGUGACGGUGAACUAUCUUCUAGAAAACUUUAUCAAGUAUGGCUUUGUAGGCCAAUGGCUAAACCCAGGCAGACAGACGGUCGGUGCAGCGGACUUAGGAGGAGCGUCCACUCAGAUCACGUUUGUGACGCAAGAGGACGUAGAGGACAAGAAUGACCAGAUGACUCUGCGUCUCUACGGGCAGAACUAUACUCUGUAUACUCACAGCUACCUCUGCUAUGGCAAGUCUGAAGUCUUGCGGCGACUUCUGGCCCACUUGCUCACAACACAGGGGAGCACAGGCACUGUGUAUCACCCCUGUUACCCAUCUGAUUACAACGAGACGCUGACCCAGGGUCAGGUGUUUGACUCGGCUUGCACCCAGGCAAAGCGCCCCACUUCUUACCACGCCCAGGCAUCCGUGACCAUGCAGGGCACGGGGGACUACCAGCACUGUCUGGGGAAUGUGUCUGAGAUCUUCUCCUUCCAGCACUGCCCCUUUUCCCAGUGCUCCUUUGACGGAGUCUUCCAGCCCAACGUCAGUGGCAAAUUUAUGGCCUUCUCUGGGUUCUUCUUUACACACAGUUUUCUAGAGCAGGCCACAGGCAACACAGUCAGCACCCCAGAGCAGCUCCUGCAGGCUGCUCUGGUUGUGUGCAACAUGACCAUUAAAGAGAUGUCCAAAUCAUUUCAAGGCCAGGGGUCAUUCUUGAAGGACUACUGUGCAUCGACCGUGUACAUGCAGGUCCUUAUGUUAAGGGGAUACCACUUUGAUGAACUGUCCUUCCCCAGAGUUGCCUUUCAGAAAUCGAUCGGGGACUCCUCUGUAGGCUGGGCACUGGGAUAUAUGCUGACCGUAAGCACUCUGUUGCCUGCGGAGCGCGUGGUGCUGAGGAAGGCCCUGCUGCCUGGGGCUUGGAUCUGCCUCGUACUGCUCCUAGCAGUCCUCAUCGCCGCCGUGAUUUUCUUCAUGGCUCUCAAUGUCUGCCGCAAGAACAAGAGUAAUGCCUAAUGAUGACCAGUAGGGGGCAGAAAAGGCGCAGUAUUUACUCUAUAUUUUAAAAUGAGUAACUUUAGGAGUAUUGCUUUAAAAUUAAUAACUGAGUUAUUAAAAUUAAUAACCUUGGGGUUUAAGAGGUUAAAAAACCUUCUGAAUGGUUCUUCUGCCUUACAGUAUAAGUAGCAAAUUAAAUAUCCAACCACUAUGAACUUUCAUUUUCAUACCCCAUCCCCAGGUGUCUGGGUUCAAGGCUAAACAGGAAUAUUACAGAGUUCUAAAACUGGUUAUCUGUUGUGAAAUACUAUAGAUUGUUGUGAUAUUAUUGUAGAUAUAGAUUUUUAUUAAAACAGGAGUUUUACACUUGUUGCCAAUGAUGCGGUUGAGGAUACGUUACACUAUCAAAUAUUUUUUAUUAAAUAUUUAAGUGGAAAAAAAUAUAAAAGAAACUGAUCACUAAA